UUUGAGUUUAUAGGAUUUGCUAUGCAGAACCCCAACGAAGAUACGGAAUGGAACGACGUUCUACGAAAGAAGGGAAUCAUCCCAGAAAAGGAAAAGGAAUUGGAAGUUACUGAAGAGCAAAUACAAUCGAUGGUGGAAGAUGCAGUACGGAAACAAAUGGGAGGUAAAUUGAUGGAGGAGAUGGACUUGGACGAGCUGGACGAAUUGGAGGAUGAAGAAGACGAGAGAGUGUUCGCUGAAAUCAGAGCAAAGCGAAUUGCGGAGAUGAGAGCAACAGCGUCACUUGCAAAAUACGGAACAGUAAUGGAGAUAACGGCCCCUCAGUACAUUCAAGAGGUGAACAAGGCAGGGGACGGUGUGAACGUUGUUCUUCAUCUUUACAAACAAGGGAUCCCCCUCUGUGCGUUGCUGAACCAACAUCUGACAACACUUGCCCGCAAGUUCCCCGCCACCAAGUUUAUCAAGAGUAUCAGUACUACCUGUAUUCCUAACUUCCCUGAUAAGAAUCUGCCUACGUUUUUCAUCUACAAAGACGGAGAUAUGAAGACACAGAUGGUUGGGGCCGUCACUUUCGGAGGGAUGAAUUGUACUGUUGAUGAGCUGGAAUGGAAGCUGCAUAAAGUUAAGGCAGUCACCUCCACUAUGGAGCGGGACCCCAAAGAGAAGCGCCAUAUUCCCGAUGCCAUGACGUCAGCAAUUCGACAAGCAAACUACUAUGACUCGGAGAGCGACUAGAAGUUUCUAGGAGAAGUGUGGUUAAAAAGUGUGUAUUUGUUGGUUUUGUAUAUUAUCAUGUAUUCUGGUUUACUUUUUACGAGAUGA